UUCUGCUGCUGCUGCCUCCUGCUCUCCAAAGCUCCCACACACACACCCAGCCCAAGAGGAGAGAGAGAGUGAGUGAGAGAGAGAAGCCAGCAGCAGCGAAGGCUUUUGCCUCCCUCCCCCCCGCCGCCGUCCCCCCUGCUAAAAUGUGAUGUCCAAUCCAUCAGAUUGCUUCUAGUUCAGUCCCCCACUCCUCUCCUGGUUAUGGGAUCCGGCGAGCUGGAUGGACGCGCAUUGGAGCAGCACCAGUAGCGGGGGCGAAGCUGCAGCCGGGGGAUCUGGAUCCGAGGCACCACCACCGGGGCCCUCACGGAGGCGACGGCGCAGGAGGAAGAGGAGGUGGAGGUGGAGGUGGCGGCGGCGGGCAGCAGGAGGCUGCAGAUGAGGAGCAGCAGCAGCAGCAGCAACAGCACCACCACUACCGGCUGCUGCAGCUGCACCAAGAAGUGCAGCAGGACCAAGAGCCUCCGCCCGCCCCCGUCUUCCAGCUCUCGCACCUGCAGGCCGCGUCCGUGAGGCAGCCGGGCUCGUCCGCCGAGUAUGCCCUUCUCGCGCCCAUGGGCGACGCCGGCCAGUCCCACCAUCACCACGGCCUCCACACGCAGCUCCUGUCUUUCGGAGGCGCCGACCAUCACAUGCAUCAGUUCACGGCGCAGGCACAGCCGCCCGCGGCGUCCCAGACGCGGGCGCGAGGAGGACGAGGCGGCGAGAUGGUGCCGGCGGCGACGCCCGCGCGGGUGAGGGGCGGCGGAGGCGGGGAGAUCGUGGCGGUGCAGGGAGGGCACAUUGUGCGCUCCACCGGGCGGAAGGACCGGCACAGUAAGGUCUGCACGGCGCGCGGGCCUCGCGACCGCCGCGUGCGGCUGUCGGCACACACGGCCAUCCAGUUCUACGACGUGCAAGACCGGCUGGGCUACGACCGCCCCAGCAAGGCCGUCGAUUGGCUCAUCAAGAACGCCAAGGACGCCAUCGACAACCUCGACACCCUUCCCGCUUGGCAGCCCACGGCCGUCGCCCCCUCCGCCAGCAAUGCCGCCGCGCCGCCGUCCUCCUCCACCCAACCUGACUCCGCCGACAACUCGGACGACCAGGCGCAGGCCAUCACCAUCGCGCACUCGUCGUUCGACUUCGCCGGCUCUGGCGGCGCCGGAGGAGCCACGGGCGGCAUCAGCUUCCUCCCGCCGUCGCUCGACUCGGACUCCAUCGCCGACACGAUCAAGUCCUUCUUCCCCAUGGGCGGGACCGCGGGCGGGGAGCCGUCGUCGUCCACUGUGGCUGCGCACUCGUCGGCCAUGGGUUUUCAAGGCUACACACCGGACCUCUUGUCGCGAACCGGCAGCCAGAGCCAAGAACUCCGGCUGUCACUGCAGCCUCUACCAGACCCUAUGUUUCACCACCACCACCAGCAGCAGCAGCAGCAGGAGCAGCACCGGUCGCAUGGCCACGACGGCAACGGCACCGGCCAGCAGGCACUAUUCCCCGGUGCGGCCAGCUACUCAUUCGGCGGUGGCGGCGCCAUGUGGGGCGAGCAGGCGGCGAGCCAGCGCAUGAUGCCGUGGAACGUGGCCGACCCAGGCGGCGGGAGCACCGGCGGCUACCUGUUCAACGUGUCGCAGCAGGCGGCGCAUAUGCAGGCGGCGCUGAGCGGCCAGAGCCAGUUCUUCUUCCAGAGGGGACCCCUUCAGUCCAGUAACCAGCCCUCCGACCGAGGAUGGCCGGAGACCGUCGAAGCUGACGACAACCACCCGAUGCAGCAGCAGCAGCAGCAGCACCAAGGGGGCUUGAACCCCUCCGUGUCGGCCAUCGGGUUCGGCCCCGGCGUCAGCUUCUCCGGAUUCCGCGUCCCCGCGAGGAUGCAGGGCAACGAGGAGCACAACGGCGGCAAUGGCGACAAGCCGCCGUCCGUCUCCUCGGCUUCCCACCACUGACAGCAGCAGUGGACGACAGAUGACUUCACCACCAACCAACCUCCACAGUGUACCAGUAACGACAUGAGCCAGCCAUCAGCUCCUCCACUUGCAUCACUGCCGGCGCUAGUUUGAUUCCACUUCUUCACACAGUAGGAGCGGGCGAUUGCAAGUAGCCAGGAGGAGCAAAAUCUUCACACGAGUCGGCGAUUGCAACUCUACGUUUGGUUGGUUGGUCGGUUGGUUUUCCAUCUCUUGUGCUGCGCGUGUCAUUGGUUUUUGCUUCAAGAUCACUCGGAGCUUCUUAGGAUUAGGCUUUGUGAGAGUGCAGCGACAUAGCUAGCUGGUUAGCCAGCCAGCCAGCCUCUGUGUUGCGUUGCAUUAGGUGUAGUUGAUGCUGUAGGUCACGCUUAAUUUGCUUUCUUUCUUUCACUUGUUGAUGUAUGCAUGGAUGCUUUGCUUCGCCCUGUGGGUUCAGGACCCGGGAGAAGCAACGGUGCUACUACCUUAGAUGUUGUUGUUGUCAAACUUAUAAAUGGAUGAUGGAUGGGGAGAGGAGUCUAUCACUCCAUCUCCAUCUUUCCAUCCUUUUUGGUCA